UUUACGUGAAAAUGAAAUUCUUCCAAUUUAUGAAGGUCAUGCUGAUUUGUUGAUAUCCAUUUUCAGCAUAUGGAUUUGAGGGGAAAGAAUUGAAGACAGUAGAUUUUCCUUUGUCUCGUCUCGAAAUCCUAUUUGAAACCCUCUGUCCCGGCCUGUGAGGAAUUGCCUGUUUAAUCCUCCACUCAUGUCAACCUCACAGCAUUAUGUUGAAGGAGAAGCUGCGCAUUCUGCUUAUUACACACAAUCCCCGUGGAUUUCCCUGUACAUAUCUUCAAUUAUGGCAGAAACGCAUUCUCAAAAACGCGCUUUCACAGGGGAAAAUACUCCACUCUUUCAUCGCGUACAGGCGAUUUUCGUUUGCUUCAUGCACAACAUUUCAUAAUAACCUUAUCAACCUGUAUGUCAAAUGCGGAAGAUUGGUUGAUGCUACUAAAGUAUUUGACCAAAUGAAAGAACGAAACACCGUCUCAUGGAAUACGAUUAUUGCAGCAUACCAAAGAAGUGGGUAUCCUCACGAGGCAGUCACACUGUUUCACCAAAUGCAACGAACAGGUUUCCGUCCCGAUCAGUUCACAUUUUCUAGUGUACUCCCAGCCUGUGCCAGAAUGGGAGCUUUGGAUCAGGGUAUGGACAUCCAUCAAAAUAUAAAAGAUAGAGGAAUUUUGUUAAAUGUUGUGGUUGCAACUGCCCUGGUAGACAUGUAUGCAAAAUGUGGAAGCAUGCACAAGGCACGUGAAGUGUUUGACAAAAUGCCUCGAAGAGAUGUCUUUUCAUGGAAUGCAAUGAUUGUAGGAUAUGUACAAAAUGGCCUUACUGAUAAGGCUUUAGAAACUUUCAAGCAAAUGCAUUUGGAAAGUGUGAAGCCAGACUCAAUAACCUUUGCCAGCGUCCUCCCAGCUUGUGCCAAAACGGGAGCUUUGGAACUGGGGAUGGACAUUCAUCAAAGCAUAGAGGAUAGAGGCAUUCUGUCGGAUGUUAUACUUGCAACUGCCCUGGUAGACAUGUAUGCAAAAUGUGGAAGCAUAGAGAAGGCACGUGAACUGUUUGACAAAAUGCCUCAAAGAAAUGUGGUCUCAUGGAAUGCCAUGAUUGCAGGAUAUGUACUAAUUGGAUUUGUUGAAAAGGCUUUAGAAACUUUCAAGCAGAUGCAAUUGGCCGGUAUAAAACCAAACUCCACAACUUUUGCCAGCAUCCUUCCUGCCUGUGCCAAAAUGGGAGCUUUGGAAGAGGGUAUGGAAAUCCAUCAAAGCAUAAAGGCUAGAGGAAUUUCGUCAGAUCUUGCAGUUAAAACUGCCCUGGUAGAUAUGUAUGCAAAAUGUGGAAGCACAGACAAGGCAUAUGAAGUGUUUGAUAAAAUGCCUCAAAGAGAUGUAGUCUCAUGGAAUGCCAUGAUUGCUGGAUAUGUACAAAAUGGAUUUGUUGAAAAGGCUUUAGGAACUUUCAAGCAGAUGCAAUUGGCAGCUGUAAAGCCAAACUCCACAACCUUUGCCAGCAUCCUCCCAGCCUGUGCCAAAAUGGGAGCUUUGGAACAGGGUAUGGACAUCCAUCAAAGCAUUAUGGAAGGAGGAUUAUUGUCUGAUAGUAUAGUUGGAAAUGCUCUGUUAGACAUGUAUGCAAAGUGUGGAAGCAUAGACAAGGCACGUGAACUGUUUGACAAAAUGGCUCAAAAAGAUGUGGUCUCGUGGAAUGCCAUGAUUGCAGGAUAUGCGCAAAAUGGAUUUUGCAAGGAAGCUCUCAAAAUCUUUGAAUUAAUGAAGCACUCUGGAACAUAUCCUGACUUUGUAAGCUUUGCUUGUGUUUUAUGUGCGUGCAGCAAUGCAGGUUUAGUUGAUGAGGGCUGUACACAUUUCAAUCGCAUGAGUAAUCCUUAUUGCAUUACACCUACAGUUGAUCAUUAUGUGUGCAUGGCUGAUCUUCUUGGCCGUGCUGGCUAUAUUGAGGACACCCUAAACUUUAUCUUUAAGAUGCCAGUUAAACCUGUAGUGGUUGUGUGGAUGUGUUUUCUUGGUGCCUGUAGAGAACAUAUGAAUAUAGGCUUAGGAGUAUUUACAGCAAUGCUUCUUUUUGAUUUGGAUCCUAAAAAUGCUACAACCUAUGUUCUUCUCUCAAACAUCUAUGCAGAAGCGGGCAGGUGGGAUGAGGCCCAAGUGGUAAGGAGAUUGAUGAAAGAUAGAGGAAUUAAAAAGAUUCCUGGAUGUAGUUGGAUUGAAGGCCAUAAAAUGGUACAUGCAUUUUGUGUAGGAGACAGAUCACACCCACAAACAGAGGAGAUCUAUGCAAACUUACAGAAAUUGGCUUGGGAGAUGAAGGCAGCAGGGUAUUUUCCAGAUUCAAGACAUUUGCUUAAUGAUGUGGAAGAAGAGGAAAAAGAAUUAUUUCUCUGCUACCACAGUGAAAAAUUGGCAAUUUCUUUUGGUUUGUUAAACACGCCUCCGGGAACAACUAUUAGAGUUGUUAAGAACCUUCGAGUAUGUGCUGAUUGCCACACUGCGACCAAAUUUAUCUCCAAGAUUGUUGCAAGAGAAAUUGUUGUGAGAGAUGCCUACCGUUUCCAUCAUUUUAAACAGGGACAGUGCUCUUGUGGAGAUUAUUGGUGAUGCUAAAUGAAGGAAUCUGAAAAAAAGUCUUGCACUAGAAUAAUAUGGAUAGAAUGAAAUGCACAUCACUGCUUAUAUACACGGUUGAGGUAUCUGUCAGUGACCUGUUGUACGGUUAUGCAGCAGUGGGCAGGUGCGGUUAGGUUCAAGUGGUAAGGAUAUUGAUGAAAGAUAGAGGAAUUGAAAAGAUCCCUGGAUUUAGUUGAAUUGAAGGCCAUAAAAUGGUACAUGCAUUUUGUGUAGGAGACGGAUCGUACCCACAGACAGAGGAGAUCUAUGUGAAGUCACAGAAAUUGGCUCGGGAGAUGAAGGCAGCAAAGUAGUUUCCAGAUUCAAGUCAUUUGCUUAAUGAUGUGGAAGAAGAGAAAAAAUAAUUAUUACUCUGUCACCAUAGUGAAAAUUUGGCAAUCUCUUUUGGUUUGUCAAACACGUCCUGGAAGGCUGGAACAACUAUUAGAGUUGUUAAGAACCUAUGAGUAUGUGCUGAUUGCCACACUACAACCAAAUUUAUCUCCAAGUUGAUGCAAGAGAAAUUGUUGUGAGAGAUGCCUACCUGUUUUCAUCAUCUUAGGGACAAUACUCUUGUGGAGAUUAUUGGUGAUCCUAAAUGAAGGAAUCUUAAAAAAGUCUUGCACUAGAAUAAUAUGGAUAGAAUGAAAUGCACCUCUCCGUAUAUCACUGUUGAAGUAUCUGUCAGUGACCUGUUUUAUGAUAUAUGCAGAAGUGGGCAGGUAGGGUGAGAUUCAAGUGGUAAGGAGAUUGAUGAAAGAUAGAGGGAUUAAAAGGACCUCUGGAUGUAGUUGGAUUCAAGACCAUAAAAUGGUACAUGCAUUUUGUGUGGGAAACAAAUCACACCGACAGACAAAGGAGAUCUAUGCAAAGUAGCAAAAAUUGGCUUGAGAGAUGAAGGCAGCAGGGUAUUUUCCAGAUUCAAGUCAUUUCCUUAAUGAUGUGGAAGAAGAGGAAAAAUAAUUAUUUCUGUCACUAUAGUGAAAAAUUUGCAAUUGCUUUUUGUUUGUUAAACUCACCCCCUGGAACAACUAUUAGAAUUGUUAAGAACCUUCGACUAUGUGCUGAUUGCCACACUGCAAUCAAAUUUAUCUCCAAGAUUGUUGGAAGAGAAAAUGCUGUAAGAGAUGCCUACCGUUUCCAUCAUUUUAAACAGGGACAACGCUCUCGUGGAGAUUAUAAGUGAUUCUAAAUGAAGCAACUGAAAAAAGUCUUGCACUAGAAUAAUAAGGAUAGAAUGAAAUGCAGACCACUACUUAUACACACUGAUGAGGUAUCUGUCAGUGACAUGUCUUAUGAUAGUAUUGAAGUUUCGGGUGAAUUGUUUUCAGGAAAUCUGAAUGUCUCUGAAGUAAAAAGCCGGAGAAGUUGGAGAAAAGUUGAAAAGAAAUAGGUGAGGAACACUGAAUAAAUUUGAAAGAUGCUUGAUCAGUAAAAAAUGGGAGAGGAGCGUUGACAAUCAACUCUUGAUUUUUUAUCUAAUCAUUUUAUUUGGAUUAGUUGUAUUAUUUUUUGUUAUGCAGGUUUAUUAUUUGAGAUUAUAUUUUACAUUCUACAUAGAUUUGUAAUUUUGUUUCAUUUAUGGUUAGAUAUAUCUAAUGUUGCUUCA